AUGAGGUCGAGAUCGGAGGAUCAAAAGACGAGAUCGGGGAGCCCCCUAUCGUUGGGAAUCAUCUCACCAAACGAUGUUUCUGAUGUUGAAAUCGGGCCAGCAACAAGCGUCGGAGUAGCCAUAAGGAUUCAUUCGGAGAUGUCGAGUCCAAAAGUGUCACCUCUGGAGAUAACACUUCACAUAUCGAUGAUGACGCAGUCAUCGGAAUCGGAUUCAUCACCCUAG